AUUUUCAAAUUUGCCACUUGCGGUCACACCAAAGCCUGUAGCUACAGUAAACAAGAUACAACUACAUUUUAUUUUUACUAUUAUUAUUGAUUAUUGUCUUGGAUAAUGGCUGCUAACAUUGCGGCAGCAACAGCUGCAGGCGCUGAAGUCGAUCCAGUGCUAAAGAAAGCCGUCAAAUUACUACACUCUAGCAACCCAAGCUCGGCCGCCGAGCUGCGCCUGUUGCUCGAUGAAGCGCUCAAGUUGCGCUUCGGUCCUGAGAAAACCAUAACAAAAAAUAUGAGCCAACGCAUGUUGGAUGACGAAGCUAACUUUCCGGGACGUGCCACUCCACAACCUCCAGCGCAAACGCUAGCAACUGAUGAGAUUAUCAAUCUCACCAACUCACCCGAUAAAUUGCCAUCAGAGUCGCCGGACACGAUUGCGGACUCCGAUGAUGGCAGCGUUGGCGUUGGCUUGGCCAUAAGCGGUGUGCUUAACACCGGCGACACAGGCGACUUUGGUGACCUCAAUUGUUGUGUCUGUGGCGAAAUGGUCUUCAAAGCCACCAAUCGUUUGAUUGAGUGCUCAAAAUGCGGUGCACUUUAUCACCAGGAAUGUCAUAAUCCGCCCAUUACCAACGAGGAGGCUGCCGACGAUCAGGAGCACAUCUGGCAAUGCGAUGCGUGCUGCAGCAAACCAUCAACCAGUCGUGCAGCUGCCACACCAACGGCCACUGUGGCCGCUCCAACAACUACUGUUGUUAUUCCUGAUGAACCCAUGCCGCUGGCAAGCAAAGCUAAGUCAUCGGUGCCCUCGUCACGUUCUUCGACCUCUUCAAACUCGUCGUCGCCCUUCUACAAACCUGAAGCGAGCAGCUCUACUAAUGCCAGCAGCAGUAGUAGCAGUAAACAUGGCCACAAAUCAUCCUCAUCAUCAUCCUCCAAGUCGCAUAAAGAGGAGCGUGCUACAAAAUCGGUGGCUCCCAGCUUAAGUGCCAUCAGCGUGACGGAGAAACACAGCAGUAGCGGCACUUCAUCACGACGCAGCAGCUCCAAUGCCAAGUCCAGUUCUAAGAGUUCUAAACAUCACGAGAGCAGCAGCAGCAAACGGCGCAAUAAAUAAGAUUAGGGUCUAUAACAAUAAACAUUUUUAUAAACACAAAAAAAUAGGAAAACAAAAAAUAUUUGCAAUUUUAUUUCUUUUAAUUGAGGAGUAAAUCUAAUUCUUUGAUUUACAUUAAAAAAAAAAGAUAAAUUACCAUAAAAUUUAUAUUAUUUUUUAUUUUAUUUAAAUGUCAUUUAAUUUUUUAAAUAAGAUAUGAAAAAAACCUUUAUUUUUAGCGGAUAAUUGAAAAAUAUAAUAUUGUGUACUUCAAUUGUGGGCCACUAAUUUAUUGGAUUUAACAAAUGAAAACAAAUAAAAUGCUUAUUAAUAAUUCAAAGAAAAAUAAUAAUGUUUCCUGUAUUUCUUAUGGUCUCAUUAUUAUUUUCAAUAAUACUUAAAUUUAGUUUUAUUCACUUGUAUCAAAAAGCGACAAGAAUUUAUUGUAAAUAUCAAUGAAAACUAUACAAAUGAAACAUGAAAAUAUAUCAAUUAAUUAAUUGAAAAAGAACUAAUCAAUGUCUGAACUUGCGCACAGUAACCGCAGGAGUUCGUGGACUUUUGCGGGACGCCGAGUUG